GUCUCGUUUCUUCCAUACCCACCUUCUCACUGUCCUCAUCUACGUGCACCGCAGCAAGAUGCGUACCUGUUACGGCCGCGGCGCUCCCCUGCGAGCUGCUAUCUACGCCGCCUGCCUCAGUGCCUUCCUCUUCUUCGGAUACGACCAAGGUGUCCUUGGCGGUCUUCUCGAAAACCCAGCAUGGCUUGAUCAAUUCGACCACCCUCAGCCAGUCAUAAUCGGGAUCACCGUGUCCUCCUACUGCCUGGGCGCCCUCUUCGGGUGCAUCCUGACUGUCUUUAUUGGCGACACCCUCGGCCGCCGGAGGAUGAUAUGGCUAGCGAUGGCACUCAUUAUCGUCGGAGCUUCGUUGCAAGCGUCUGCCUACGGCCUAACACACCUCAUCGUUGGCCGAGUGAUUACCGGUCUCGGCACUGGCAUCGACUCAUCAACUGUGCCAAUGUACCAGUCCGAGCUGUCGAAGAAGGAGUGGCGUGGUCGUCUGGUUUCAUGGGAGAUCUGGUUCAUCGGCAUUGGUAUCGUUGCUGCCUACUGGAUUGACUACGGGUUUUCCUACACCACCGGUGCCGUGGCCUGGCGUACGCCCAUCGCUAUUCAGCUGAUCUUCGCCGUCACGGUCACGAUCGUCGUCUGGGGCUGCCCAGAGUCACCCAGAUGGCUUGCAAAACGAGGCCGCGAAGCCGAGGCCAUCGAAGUCCUGUGCGCCGUCCACGACUUGCCAACCGACGAUCCAUACAUCGUCGGGGAAAUCGAGGCCAUUCGCGCCGCCAUCGCCCUCGAAACCAGCCUAGGCGCGCAAAGCUUCACCGCACUCUUCAAGUCCGACAUUCUUCAAACCCGCCGCCGCGUCAUCCUCGCGUGGUUCGGCCUGUUCAUGAACCAGUGGUCCGGCAUCAACCUAGUAGUCUACUACAUGCCCACCGUCCUCGUCCGGAAUGUCGGCAUGUCCAGAUCCCAAGCCAUCCUCAUCGCCGGCUUCGUCCAACUCAUGUUCCCUAUCGGUAACACCCUACCCGCCCUCGCCCUUGACCGAAUGGGCCGCAAGCGAACCAUGAUCAUCGGCUGUGGCUGCCUGUCCUUCUGCAUGAUGAUGAUCUCUAUCCUUCUGAGCUUUGGCAGACCCAACACCUCCGCCGCCUCCAUCGCCUUCUUCUUCCUCUACAUGCUCAUUUUCGGCGCGACGAUCAACGUUGUACCAUGGGUGUGGGGACCGGAGAUUUUGCCUUUGGAGGCAAGAGCUAAGGGAACUGCUAUUAGUGUGUCGUCUCACUGGAUGUGGAACUUCUGCAUCGUUAUGAUCACCCCCGUUCUGAUCGAGCGCGCUGGCUGGAAGACGUACCUCAUCUUCAUGAUCCUGUUGGCGCUCUUCGUGCCCUUUGUUUGGUGGGCUUACCCCGAAACCAGCGGGCUCAGCCUCGAAGAAGUCGACAACCUAUUCUUGCCGGCGGACAAGCAGAACCAUGUUGCGAGGCGUGUUUCUAUCUCGGGUGGCACGGAUGUGGAGACGGGGAAGAUGUGGGAGGAAAAGGUUGAGAGUCUGUAGGGAUGUAUGCGCAGUAAGUUUGAUAUGUUUGAUGCAUUGUUAUUGUCGUGUUUUUAGCGGGAAUGUAUGUGUGGAGACGAGAAGGUGGGAUCACAUUAGGUCUUUGGCUAUGUAUACGAAUCGUACCAGCAUCCGACAUGUAAUCACAAGCAAAGCCCUAAUAUAUCUAUGGCUUUGGCACGCGCAACGUCCGACUGACCAUCAUACAGCCAUGCGCAAUGAACAGUCCCACAACUGGAUGCACCUCGAAC